UAUUCUACGUUCUGAACACGUUGGAGGAGUCAGGACGUUUAGUAACAAUACAUACAUUUUUGGGAACUUUUGACACUACGGGCAUUUAUUUUGGUCUUAAAAUCAAAAAUGCCGUCUCUAAAUGGGAAACCGGACGUCAUGUUUGAGGAAGAUGACUUGCCUUAUGAGGAGGAGAUCAUCAGGAAUCCGUACUCGGUCAAGUGCUGGAUGCGUUACAUCGAGUUCAAACAAAACGGCACAAUGUCCAUCCUCAACAUGAUAUAUGAACGAGCUCUGAAAGAGCUACCUGGCAGUUACAAGUUAUGGUACAACUACCUGCGAGAGAGACGGAAACAGGUCAAAGGGAAGUGCAUCAUGGAGCCAGCCUACGAGGAGAUCAACAACUGCCAUGAAAGAGCUCUGGUUUUCAUGCACAAGAUGCCGAGGAUAUGGCUAGACUACUGCCAGUUUCUGGUGUCUCAGUGUAAGAUCACCAGGAGCAGACGCACAUUUGACCGAGCGCUCAGAGCCCUUCCCGUCACUCAGCACCCUCGCAUCUGGCCCCUGUACCUCCGCUUUGCCCGGAACCUGCCCCUGCCUGAGACCGCCAUCCGUGUCUACCGCAGGUACCUCAAGCUGUCCCCAGAGAAUGCAGAGGAGUACAUAGAUUACCUGCGUUCCUGCGGCAAGCUGGAUGAAGCAGCAGUACGUCUGGCAGCCGUUGUCAAUGAUGAGAGCUUUGUGUCCAAGGAGGGCAAGUCUAACUACCAGCUAUGGCACGAGCUGUGUGACCUGAUCUCUCAGAACCCAGACAAGGUGAACUCUCUGAAUGUUGGGGCCAUCAUCCGUGGAGGCCUCACUCGCUUCACAGACCAGCUGGGCAAACUCUGGUGCUCCCUGGCUGACUACUACAUCCGCAGUGGACAUUUUGAAAAGGCUCGGGAUGUGUAUGAGGAGGCCAUCUUAACGGUGGUGACGGUGAGAGAUUUCACCCAGGUGUUCGACAGCUACGCCCAGUUUGAGGAGAGCAUGAUUGCUGCCAAGAUGGAGACUACCUCCGAGUUGGGGAAAGAUGAAGAAGAGGACGUAGACCUGGAGCUGCGUCUGGCCCGCUUUGAGCAGCUGAUCGCCCGCAGGCCCCUCCUGCUGAACAGUGUGCUGCUGAGACAGAAUCCCCACAACGUCCACGAGUGGCAUAAGAGGGUCAAACUGUACGAGGGGAAACCACGACAGAUCAUCAACACCUACACAGAGGCAGUUCAGACUGUGGACCCUAUGAAGGCUACAGGGAAACCCAGCUCUCUCUGGGUCUCCUUCGCCAAGUUUUACGAGGAGAACGAGCAGCUAGACGACGCGCGGACCAUCUUUGAGAAAGCCACCAAGGUGAACUACAAGCAGGUUGACGACCUGGCUGGCGUGUGGUGUGAAUACGGAGAGAUGGAGCUACGCCAUGAGAACUACGAACAGGCGCUACGUAUACUGAGGAAAGCAACUGCCAUCCCGUCCAAGAAGGCGGAGUACUUUGAUGUGUCAGAGCCCGUGCAGAACAGAGUGUACAAGUCUCUGAAGGUCUGGUCCAUGCUGGCUGACCUGGAGGAGAGUAUGGGAACCUUCCAGUCCACCAAGGCAGUGUACGACCGCAUCAUUGACCUGCGCAUAGCCACGCCCCAGAUAAUCAUCAACUAUGCCAUGUUCCUGGAGGAGCACAACUACUUUGAGGAGAGCUUCAAGGCGUACGAGCGCGGCAUCGCCCUCUUCAGGUGGCCCAACGUCUAUGACAUCUGGAACACCUACCUCACCAAGUUCAUCGACCGCUACGGGGGCAAGAAGCUGGAGAGGGCCCGGGACCUGUUUGAGCAGGCGCUGGAUGGCUGUCCAGCCAAGUUCGCCAAGACCAUCUACCUGCUCUACGCCAAACUGGAGGAGGAGUUUGGGUUGGCGCGUCACGCCAUGGCGGUGUACGAGAGAGCCACGCAGGCGGUGGACAACACGGAGAGGCAUCACAUGUUCAACAUCUACAUCAAGAGGGCUGCAGAGAUCUAUGGCGUCACCUACACCAGAGCAAUCUACCAGAAAGCCAUCGAGGUGCUUCCAGACGAACACUCCAGGGACAUGUGCCUGCGCUUCGCAGACAUGGAGAGCAAACUGGGCGAGAUCGACCGGGGCAGAGCCAUCUACUCCUACUGCUCUCAGAUCUGUGACCCAAGGAUGACGGCCACGUUCUGGCAGACGUGGAAGGAGUUUGAGAUCCGCCACGGGAACGAAGACACUAUCCGGGAGAUGCUGAGGAUCAAGCGCAGCGUCCAGGCCACGUACAACACACAGGUCAACUUCAUGUCCUCACAGAUGAUGAAGGCCACCACCAACGCCACCAUCUCAGACCUUGCCCCGGGCCAGCUGGGGCUGGAUGAUAUGAAGCUGUUGGAGCAGCAGGCCCAACAGCUGGCCGCCGAGGCUGAACAGGACAAACCCAAACUCAAAGAGAAGAUCCUCUUCGUCAGGAGUGACACAUCUCGCAGUGAGCUGGCUGAACUGGCCAAACAAGCCAACCCUGAUGAGAUUGAUAUUGAGGAUGAGGAUGAGGAUGGUGAUGAUGAAGACCAGGGCCCAGAGGAGGUGCAGCUGGAACAAAAGACUGUCCCCACUGCUGUCUUUGGAGGGCUGAAAGAAGGAGAAGAUUGAAUACAGAAUGUUGGGAUGGUAUCUGUCCCAUAGACAUGGCAUCACAGACGAGCUCCAUGGUCUACGAAUGGAGCCUUUUCAACCCCUGUAAAAUGUAUGAUGAAAAUAGAUUGUAUGGAAUGUGAACUUUGUCAUUGAUCUUUUCUACAGUGGCAAGAAAAAGUAUGUGAACACUUUGGAAAUACCUGGGUUUCUGCAUAAAUUGGUCAUAAAAUUUGAUCUUCAUCUCAGUCACAACAACAGACAAACACAGUCUGCUUAAACUAAUAACACACAAACAAUUAUACGUUUUCAUGUCUAUUGAACACACCAUAUA